AGUCUACUCGAGGCAGUGCAAGGUGUUGUUUGUGCGUUAGGUCUGUAUUGAGUGACUAGUAAAUAUUUGCUAUCGAGUGCAGCAGCAGCAGCUGCCAGGUUGGCUUGCCGUUCACGUAAAACAAAAUCAUCACGAAAUCGCAAAAGAAUGACGUCAGAUGACCCUUUAUUUCCUUCUACAUUUACCCUCAAUAAUGGUGUUCAAAUGCCAUCAGUUGGACUUGGGACCUAUCGCAUUCGCAAUGGAGAACUUCUGAAAAAUGUAGUGGAUUAUGCUUUAGAUGCUGGCUAUAGGAUGUUCGAUACUGCUGCUGUUUAUGGAAAUGAAAUUCAUUUGAAAAAUGCUCUUGAUCAUUUAUUACCAAAACAUGGUUUAACAAGAGAGGAAAUUUUCAUAACUACCAAACUUUCACCAGCAGAUCAUGGAAAUGCAGAUGUAGUAGCUAAUGCUUAUAGACGAUCUUUGGAUAAUCUUGGACUGGAUUAUAUUGAUUUAUAUUUAGUUCACUUUCCGGGCUCAGCCAAAAUACCUGCUGAAGACUUCAGAAAUACAAAACUAAGAGAUGCUACUUGGGCUGGUAUGACUAAACUGUAUGAUGAUGGUUUAGUAAAUACAAUAGGGGUGUCCAAUUUCACCAUCCGUCAUCUUAAAGAUAUAAUGAAUAGCAACCAUGGUGUAAUUCCUGCUGUUAACCAGGUUGAAUGGCAUCCAUAUUAUCAUCAAAAUGAUCUUCUCAAGUUUUGUAAAGAAAAUGAUAUUCUUUUAGAAGCAUAUUGCUCACUUGGUGGUACAUCUGCAUCAAACAAUGAUUUACUCCUAGAUCCUGUCGUGAAGAAAAUUGCAAAGAAACAUGAAGCAACAUGUGCUCAAGUACUUCUAGUUUGGUCUCUCCAGCAGGACAUAGCCAUUAUACCAAAAUCAACAGAUCCAAAUCGCAUCAAAGAAAAUAUAACAUAUAAUUUCAAGCUUACAAAUGAAGAAAUGAAAGCUUUAGAUGGUUUAGGAGAACGCAACAUAAAAUAUGCAUGGGAUCCUAAUAUAGUAGCAUAAUUUUGCUCCAGUUACAUCACCAGUGGGCUCAAUCACCAUAGUGAUACCGGCAAACAUCUUGACGCUCUUCCGAAGGAGUAUUUGGAACCAAAUUAAAUUUAAUUUUACGCGUUGUAUUUUAUGUAUUAAGUGUUUGUAUUUUACUUCAAUGCUGAGCCCUCAUUAAAAUUAUGAAAUUAAUUUAUCUUUAGUUCAUUUUAUUUUAUAUUUCAAUGAUUAAUGUUACUAAAUAAAAUAGGUAUUUAGUUUUAAAACAACAUAAAUAAGUAAUUAUAUUAUGUCUAAUAUGUAAUUUCAACCUUUAUGUAUAAUGUAACAUUAAUCUGCGUAAGUAACUAAAUAAAUAUUUCUUUUUAAGUUCUUAAAAAAAUAGACAAAGUGACAUGUAAAUCCAGAAAAAUAAUAAUUACAAUAAUCAUCUCGAGGACAAUAAUAAUUGAUUAGACAAAACCAUACGAAUUUCCUUAAAUUAUUCUAAACCGAGAAUUCAGGAUAUUUGCCGGCUGCUGUAAAUCUAGACCCAAGUGGUCUAUUUUAUCAUAAAAAAAAUAUUAUCAUAAGUGUGCUCUUCUGUACUUUUAAAUAAAUAUGCUCAUGUUAUACUUUUUUUUAUGUAAAAAUUAAAGUUUAGUUUAU